GCACGAUAAGAGCACGAAAAGCCGCUCACUAGAAAGCGUCAUUGGCAACUUUGGAAAAUAUGUGAUAAAUAACUAAAAUUGAUUGAAAUAAACGGUUAAUCGUCAGAAAAAGAGGAUGCCAAGGAAUUCGCUGAGGAAUAAACCACCAGGGGACAGGGCUAUUAGAUUUAAAUGCUCACUACAGAAUACCAUAUUAGAUGUUCUACGACUUAGACCAGGAUGGCAAGAAGUUACUGGAGAUGCAGAUUGGGAUUUUUAUUGGUGUGAUGUUUGGUGGAUGAAAGAAACUUUUGAUCAUGCCUACCUAGAGGAACACAUGAGGCUUAAUCAUUUCAGAAAUCAUUACGAGCUCACCAGAAAGAAUUUAAUGGUAAAAAAUUUGAAACGCUUACGAAGACAGCUGGAGAAAGAAUCAGGAAAGCUUGAAGCUCAGAAAUGUGAUUUCUUUCCCUCAACAUAUGAACUUCCUUCUGAAUAUCAUAUUUUUGUGGAUGAGUAUAGAAGGAAUCCUGGUUCGAUAUGGAUAAUGAAACCGAUUGCUAAAUCUCAAGGAAAAGGAAUCUUCCUCUUUAAAAGACUUAAAGAUAUAACUGACUGGAAGAAGGGUACAGAAUACCAGCCAGCAUCAGAUCCUAGUAAAGAAGCACCAGAGACUUAUGUUGUAUCAAGAUAUAUCGAAAACCCGUAUCUGAUAGGUGGAAGAAAGUUUGACAUAAGAAUAUAUUGUUUAAUUACGUCUUACAGUCCAUUAAAAGUGUGGAUAUAUAGAAAUGGUUUUGCCAGAUUUUCAAACACUAGAUUUUCUCUGGAGUCCAUUGAUGAUAACUAUGUUCAUUUAACCAAUGUUGCUAUACAGAAGACAGCACCAGAUUAUGAUCCAGAAAGAGGUUGUAAAUGGUCAACACAACAGUUACGUAAAUAUUUAACAGCCAGACAUGGUCAAGAAAAGACAGAUCAGCUAUUUAAUAAAAUGAAUGAAGUAUUUAUAUUAAGCCUACAGAGUGUACAAAAGACUAUGAUUAAUGAUAAACAUUGUUUUGAACUUUAUGGUUAUGAUAUUCUGAUAGAUGACAAUCUUAAACCGUGGUUAAUAGAGGUGAAUGCCUCACCAUCAUUAACAGCUAGUAGUAAAGAAGAUUAUACAUUAAAAUGUGGUUUAUUAAAUGAUACAUUGAAUGUAAUAGAUAUGGAAAAUAGAUUAACUGGUAAAGAGAAAAGAAUUGGAGGAUUUGAUUUAUUAUUUGAGGAUGGUCCAGUUUUUCUUGAUGAUGCUCUUCCAUCUGAUUCUUUAAACAAAUAUGGCACAGCUAUGAAUGCUUUUCUUGGAUGUGCCAAUAACAGAAGAGAAAAUUUACGCCAUGUGUACCGCACUGCUCAACUAGUCAAAAAAUCUUAAAAUGGAUGUUGAAAAUAAUAAAUGAUAUACUAUUGGACCAAAUCAUUAUUUAUCAUACAAAUCUGACUGAGUAAAAUCAAAUUAUGUUUUAAGCUUCAUGCAUCUCUCAAACUAUUUGUAGGAAGUGUGACCUCAGUGGUGGAUAUAGUAUUUUUAUAUUUAAAAGAAUAUAUUAUCUUGUGUUGAAAAUUGUACUAGUAAUACAAUUUCUUCUAUUUGCAACAGGUGGGGGUGGUCCCACUGCUAAGGACCCCAUCAACAGUGUAUUAAGGAAACUGUAACAUAUGUUAGUCCCAAAAUCACCUAGUUUGUAUUUGAGUGAACUAUAAACUCCAUUUCUUUCUCUAUUCAUAACUUAAGCCUCUAGAUGUGACAAAAUCUUUAAUAGAAUUAUGUAUUUUAUGUAAAUUAUAUGAUGAAAAGUAAAUAUUAGCAAUAAGAAUACUUUUAUUUUAAGUUAUACAACUCUAUUUUUAAAAUA